GAGAAAACAUCUGUUUUGUUCAGCAGAGCUGAAUUGACCUGAUCUGUUGAUCCUGAUCGUGUUGUGCGACUGCAGAAGAAAUGGCCGUACGAAUUUUUCGCGAAUUGGCAUUGGCAAGAGCAAGUUCUGUGAUAGGAAGAACGCAAAAUCUAUCAAGCUCUGCUUCUGCAGCAAUUAAAGCCAAAUUUGACUGGGAAGAUGCUUUAAAUUUGAAUGCAAAUUUGACUCAAGAUGAAGUGAUUGUUCGAGAUUCGUUUCGCAGCUAUUGCCAAGAAAAAUUGAUGCCCAGAGUCUUGUUGGCAAACAGAAAUGAAGUUUUCCAUCGAGAAAUUAUGAGUGAAAUGGGCCAACUUGGCGUUUUGGGCGCCACAAUUAAGACUCACGGCUGUGCAGGUGUUUCUUCCGUAGCCUACGGUCUCUUGGCCAGGGAGAUCGAACGAGUAGACAGCGGAUACAGAUCUGCUAUGAGCGUGCAGUCGUCGCUCGUGAUGCAUCCCAUUUAUGCAUACGGUACUGACAGCCAGAAGGACCGAUUCUUGCCGAAACUUGCCAAAGGUGAACUGGUCGGAUGCUUCGGUCUAACAGAACCAAAUCACGGAAGUGACCCAGCAGGCAUGGAAACCCGUGCUAAAUAUGACAAAGAAUCAAAAACUUAUUUUCUAAGUGGCAGCAAAACUUGGAUCACUAACUCACCCAUAGCCGAUGUGUGCAUUGUUUGGGCCAAGUGCGACGAUAAUCAAAUCAGGGGCUUCAUCGUCGAGAGAGGUUUUCCUGGAUUGUCAACACCCAAAAUUGAGGGAAAAUUUUCUCUCCGAGCAUCAAUUACGGGAAUGAUUUUGAUGGAUCAGGUUCCUGUCCCAGAAGAAAACCUGCUUCCAAAUGUUGCUGGCUUGAAGGGUCCUUUCGGCUGUCUCAAUAAUGCUCGAUAUGGAAUUGCUUGGGGUACAAUGGGAGCAGCCGAAUUCUGCCUCUCUGCAGCUCGGCAAUAUACUCUAGACCGCAAGCAAUUCAAUCGACCACUGGCAGCCAACCAAAUUAUGCAGUUGAAAAUGGCUGAUAUGCUGACGGAAAUCAGCAUUGGAUUGCAGGCAUGCAUUCAAGUUGGCCGACUCAAAGAUGAGAAUAAGGCUACGCCUGAGAUGAUUUCCUUGAUUAAGAGGAAUUCCUGUGGGAAAGCGCUACAAAUUGCUAGGGUUGCCCGAGACAUGCUCGGCGGCAACGGAAUUUCGGACGAGUAUCACAUUAUUCGACAUGUUAUGAAUCUCGAAGCUGUGAACACUUAUGAAGGGACACAUGACAUCCACGCUUUAAUCCUCGGAAGAGCAAUUACUGGGAUUCCUGCAUUUUAGCUUUAGAAUGAUGAAAGAAUAAGCUCAAAAUAUAUUAUAAUGAUUCAUAUAUUUUUAUUCCUGUUAUCAAUUAAAAUCGAUACUGCUGUGCCAAUAUUUUUCUACAUAAAUUUAUUUUUAACUAACUGGUUUGAAUGAAAUAAAUAAUCUUGAAA